AUGUCCUGGCUAGCGAAUGCCCUGCUGUUGUUGGCGCUGGUUCCGGUGGUGUCGGCGGAACUUGCGGACGAUUUCAACAUCCCUAAGGGCUGGAGAAUGCAGGAUCGAUAUCAUGGCUUCCGAUACGAGGCAACGGUUGACCAAGGCUGCCGAUUCGAUGCAUACGCUGAGGCGGCCCAAGCAGCUGCGGACGAGCUGGCCUGCUUCGGAUGGGUGCAGCGGACGUCGCCCAACACCAUGGCGGGGGAAAGCCGCUGCUCGAAAGCCACCGGUGAGAAAAUGUAA